AAAAAUCAUUUUAAUAAUUCACACUUAUUGCACUAUUAUUUCAAUUUUACAGAGAAAAACAGGCAGAGUGAUGAAAUAGCUAGCUCGUAUAUACACAACAAAUGGCAGAGCUGGAAUGUCAAUCCUAGCAAUCUAAACCAGCAUUUAAAAACGAGGAAUUAAAGCACAUAGUGUGAGAAAAAUUAUAGGGAAGGGACAAGAGCUCAAGAGCACACCUGGAAAAGAAAUACUAUAAUUUUAAAAAUUACCAACGGGCUAAUUAUAGUUGUGUUUUACCGGCAGAGCGCUUUGUCUAUGUUAGCUCUUUUAAUCCCGCUAAUAAUUCUGUGAGGUUGGUACUAUUAGUUCCAUUUUUCAGACGAGGACGCUUAAUAGAUGAUAAUCGACACAUUCUCUGCUUGCUCUGAGCUGCAUCUCAACAGCUGGCUCUGAAGCAAGCAAAGGGAGACUGAGGGAAACAGAGCGGAGCAGGGCAAGCCAACUGAAAGUGAGAAAUGCAGGAAAUGUUUCUCAUCUAGGCAGGAGCUGGUUCCAGCAUUCAAAUCUCUCCAGCCGGCCCGCCACCACGUCACAAACCCCGCCUCUCAGUGACAAAGCCCCGCCCCGUUCCUUUGGCUGUUCCCUGAGCUCCCAAUACUUCCCUCUUUCUCUUUGGCCCCUCCUACCCCGCUAGCAUCAUUUCCUGUGCGCUGGAUGCUGAUUGGUCCGACGGUCGGAAGUGAGGGCGGGCGGUGGGGGCCGUUGCCGCAGUGACAGUGCUAGGGGAGUCCGAAGAUGGCGGCGUCGCGUCGCUCUCAGCAUCAUCACCACCAUCAUCAACAACAGCUCCAGCCCGCCCCAGGGGCUUCAGCGCCGCCGCCGCCACCUCCUCCCCCACUCAGCCCUGGCCUGGCCCCAGGGACCACCCCAGCCUCUCCCACGGCCAGCGGCCUGGCCCCCUUCGCCUCCCCGCGGCACGGCCUAGCGCUGCCGGAGGGGGAUGGCAGUCGGGAUCCGCCCGACAGGCCCCGAUCCCCGGACCCGGUUGACGGUACCAGCUGUUGCAAUACCACCAGCACAAUCUGUACCGUCGCCGCCGCUCCCGUGGUCCCAGCGGUUUCUACUUCAUCUGCCGUUGGGGUCGCUCCCAACCCAGCCGGCAGUGGCAGUAACAAUUCACCGUCGUCCUCUUCUUCCCCGACUUCUUCCUCAUCUUCCUCUCCAUCCUCGCCUGGAUCGAGCUUGGCGGAGAGCCCCGAGGCGGCCGGAGUUAGCAGCACAGCACCAUUGGGGCCUGGGGCAGCAGGACCUGGGACAGGGGUCCCAGCAGUGAGCGGGGCCCUACGGGAACUACUGGAGGCCUGUCGCAAUGGGGACGUGUCCCGGGUAAAGAGGCUGGUGGACGCGGCAAACGUAAAUGCAAAGGACAUGGCCGGCAGGAAGUCUUCUCCCCUGCACUUCGCUGCAGGUUUUGGAAGGAAGGAUGUUGUAGAACACUUACUACAGAUGGGUGCUAAUGUCCAUGCUCGUGAUGAUGGAGGUCUCAUCCCACUUCAUAAUGCCUGUUCUUUUGGCCAUGCUGAGGUUGUGAGUCUGUUAUUGUGCCAAGGAGCUGAUCCAAAUGCCAGGGAUAACUGGAACUAUACACCUCUGCAUGAAGCUGCUAUUAAAGGGAAAAUCGAUGUGUGCAUUGUGCUGCUGCAGCACGGAGCUGAUCCAAACAUUCGGAACACUGAUGGGAAAUCAGCCCUGGACCUGGCAGAUCCUUCAGCCAAAGCUGUCCUUACAGGUGAAUACAAGAAAGACGAACUCCUAGAAGCUGCUAGGAGUGGUAAUGAAGAAAAACUAAUGGCUUUACUGACUCCUCUAAAUGUGAAUUGCCAUGCAAGUGAUGGGCGAAAGUCAACUCCUUUACAUCUAGCAGCGGGCUACAACAGAGUUCGAAUAGUUCAGCUUCUUCUUCAGCAUGGUGCUGAUGUUCAUGCAAAAGACAAAGGUGGACUUGUGCCUCUUCAUAAUGCAUGUUCAUACGGACAUUAUGAAGUCACAGAACUGCUAUUAAAGCAUGGAGCUUGUGUUAAUGCCAUGGAUCUCUGGCAGUUUACUCCACUGCAUGAGGCUGCUUCCAAGAAUCGUGUAGAAGUCUGCUCUUUGUUACUUAGCCAUGGCGCUGAUCCUACGUUAGUCAACUGCCAUGGCAAAAGUGCUGUGGAUAUGGCUCCAACUCCGGAGCUCAGGGAGAGAUUGACUUAUGAAUUUAAAGGUCAUUCUUUACUACAAGCAGCCAGAGAAGCAGACUUAGCUAAAGUUAAAAAAACACUUGCUCUGGAAAUCAUUAAUUUCAAACAACCACAGUCUCAUGAAACAGCACUGCACUGUGCUGUGGCCUCUCUGCAUCCCAAACGAAAACAAGUGACAGAAUUGUUACUUAGAAAAGGAGCAAAUGUUAAUGAAAAAAAUAAAGAUUUCAUGACUCCCCUGCAUGUUGCAGCAGAAAGAGCCCAUAAUGAUGUCAUGGAAGUUCUGCAUAAACAUGGCGCCAAGAUGAAUGCACUGGACACCCUUGGUCAGACUGCUUUGCAUAGAGCUGCCCUAGCAGGCCACCUGCAGACCUGCCGCCUUCUGCUGAGUUACGGCUCUGACCCCUCCAUCAUCUCCUUACAAGGCUUCACAGCAGCACAGAUGGGUAAUGAAGCAGUGCAGCAGAUUCUGAGUGAGAGUACACCUAUACGUACUUCUGAUGUUGACUAUCGACUCUUAGAGGCAUCUAAAGCUGGAGACUUGGAAACUGUGAAGCAACUUUGCAGCCCUCAAAAUGUGAAUUGUAGAGACUUAGAGGGCCGGCAUUCCACGCCCUUACACUUCGCGGCAGGCUACAACCGCGUGUCUGUUGUAGAGUACCUGCUACACCACGGUGCCGAUGUCCAUGCCAAAGACAAGGGUGGCUUGGUGCCCCUUCAUAAUGCCUGUUCCUAUGGACACUAUGAGGUGGCUGAGCUUUUAGUAAGGCACGGGGCUUCUGUCAAUGUGGCGGACUUAUGGAAAUUUACCCCUCUCCAUGAAGCAGCAGCUAAAGGAAAGUAUGAAAUCUGCAAGCUCCUUUUAAAACAUGGAGCAGAUCCAACUAAAAAGAACAGAGAUGGAAAUACACCUUUGGAUUUGGUAAAGGAAGGAGACACAGAUAUUCAGGACUUACUGAGAGGGGAUGCUGCCUUGUUGGAUGCUGCCAAGAAGGGCUGCCUGGCAAGAGUGCAGAAGCUCUGUACCCCCUAGAAUAUCAACUGCAGAGACACCCAGGGCAGAAAUUCAACCCCUCUGCACUUGGCAGCAGGCUACAAUAACCUGGAAGUAGCUGAAUAUCUUCUAGAGCAUGGAGCUGAUGUUAAUGCCCAGGACAAGGGUGGUUUAAUUCCUCUUCAUAAUGCGGCAUCUUAUGGGCAUGUUGACAUAGCGGCAUUAUUGAUAAAAUACAACACGUGUGUAAAUGCAACAGAUAAGUGGGCAUUUACUCCUCUCCAUGAAGCAGCCCAGAAAGGAAGGACGCAGCUGUGCGCCCUCCUUCUAGCGCAUGGUGCAGACCCCACCAUGAAGAACCAGGAAGGCCAGACGCCUCUGGAUCUGGCAACAGCUGACGAUAUCAGAGCUUUGCUGAUAGACGCCAUGCCCCCAGAGGCCUUACCUACCUGUUUUAAACCUCAGGCUACUGUAGUGAGUGCCUCUCUGAUCUCACCGGCAUCCACCCCCUCCUGCCUCUCUGCUGCCAGCAGCAUAGACAACCUCACUGGCCCUUUAGCAGAGUUGGCCGUAGGAGGAGCCUCCAACGCAGGGGACGGCGCCGCGGGAACAGAAAGGAAGGAAGGAGAAGUUACCGGUCUUGACAUGAAUAUCAGCCAAUUUCUAAAAAGCCUUGGCCUUGAACACCUUCGGGAUAUCUUUGAAACAGAACAGAUUACCCUAGAUGUGUUGGCUGAUAUGGGUCAUGAAGAGUUGAAGGAAAUAGGCAUCAAUGCGUAUGGGCACCGCCACAAAUUAAUCAAAGGAGUAGAAAGACUUUUAGGUGGACAACAAGGCACCAAUCCUUAUUUGACUUUUCACUGUGUUAAUCAGGGGACGAUUUUGCUGGAUCUUGCUCCAGAAGAUAAAGAAUAUCAGUCAGUGGAAGAAGAGAUGCAAAGUACAAUUCGAGAACACAGAGAUGGUGGUAAUGCUGGCGGCAUCUUCAACAGAUACAAUGUCAUUCGAAUUCAAAAAGUUGUCAACAAGAAGUUGAGGGAGCGGUUCUGCCACCGACAGAAGGAAGUGUCUGAGGAGAAUCACAACCAUCACAAUGAGCGCAUGUUGUUUCACGGUUCUCCUUUCAUUAAUGCCAUUAUUCAUAAAGGGUUUGAUGAGCGACAUGCAUACAUAGGAGGAAUGUUUGGAGCUGGGAUUUAUUUUGCUGAAAACUCCUCAAAAAGCAACCAAUAUGUUUAUGGAAUUGGAGGAGGAACAGGCUGCCCUACACACAAAGACAGGUCGUGCUAUAUAUGUCACAGACAAAUGCUCUUCUGUAGAGUGACCCUUGGGAAAUCCUUUCUGCAGUUUAGCACCAUGAAAAUGGCCCACGCGCCUCCAGGGCACCACUCAGUCAUUGGUCGACCGAGCGUCAAUGGGCUGGCAUAUGCUGAAUAUGUCAUCUACAGAGGAGAACAGGCAUACCCAGAGUAUCUCAUCACUUACCAGAUCAUGAAGCCAGAGGCCCCUUCCCAGACUGCAACAGCCGCAGAGCAGAAGACCUAGUGAAUGCCUGCUGGUGAAGGCCGGAUCAGAUUUCAGCCUGGGACUGCAGUACAGAGGAUUGUUUCUAACAACAACAUCAAUAUUCUAGAAGUCCCUGACAGCCUAGAAAUGAGCUGUUUGUCUUUCAUAAAGCAUUGAUAUAGUGAUGAAUAGUAUGAGUAACUGAUACAUACUCAACUGCUACUGUUCCCUUUGAGGAAAUGUUUACAGGGGCGGCCUUUUACCAUAUCUCAGGCUCAUUUUCAUUGCAGUUAUCCAUUUCUAAAACAAGGUCACUUCGAUCUAGACUUGGAAAUGGGAAAUAAAACAUAACCAAUGCUUUUUCAGAUGUUCACGAUUCACACACUACGUUUGUUUUGUUACGCAUGACACGUGUAUAUAACAAGUAUACACAUAUGACAGGCGACAGGCUUAUUUCUGAUUUGCCAGACAUGCAUCAUUGGCUAUUGUUUGUUUGUUUUUUGGUUUUUGUGGGUUUUUUUGGUUACUUUGAAAAUGAGCCAGAGCCUUCUUGAGGAUAUUUUGCACAGAGUCACGCUGACAAAAUCAUUAGCAAUGCAACCCAAGCUUCUGGCUGAGCAAGAUUCCGUUUCCACUUUUAAAUUUUUUUCAUUUUUCUCUGUAGCUGCACAUCUCAUUAACGUAAAUUGAGAUGAAAAGGAAAAAACAUCAAGUUUUAGUAUCCUUUUAUGAAUCGGCCUAUCUUACAAGGGAAGGGUACAAACACCAACCUGACUUAGGAACUCCUAAAUUCAGAGAAGUCAGAGCCGGAGAAGGCCACUUGCUCUGUCCAAUACAAGCCUGCCACAGAGGUCUUCGGGACCGUACUGGGGAUGCAGGCUGACACGGGCUUGAGUUCUGAGGUGAAAAAACUGGGGAAACUGUGAAGGAAGAGCUGCAUUAAGGAGGAUGAAGAGCGUGUGGUUCUGUAUCAUUGCAGCCCCAGUGGACCCAGGGGAUGCCUCCAAAAAGUAAAUGCUUCCUUCCCUUUAUCUGUACUGUUGGGAUUGGUACCCCCUCCAAAUUAGCUGCCUUAUUUCAAAAGUCAGUGAAAUACUGUACUUCAUUAGAGUCACAAAAAUACUACUUUAUUGUUUCUUUAGUUAAGAAAGCUAGGAUUCAGACCCAAAUAGUGGAUAGAUAACACACAAAUGCAAGGACUUUUUUGUUUACUCCAGAUUUGGGGUUUAUUUUGAGUGGCAUGCUUCAAAUAGUUCAUAAAGAUCCUUGCAUUAAAUUUUUGAACCAUUUCUUCAAACUUCUUAGUGUAUUUAGACAAGGAGAACAAAAAUGGAAACCAAAGCCCUUUCCGUUAUUUUUUAAGUGAAGGUGAGAAAGAAAUACCAUACAAUUUUCUUUGUGAAAUUACUGUUUAUUUUCAUCAACAUUUACCAAGUGCCAUUGACAUUUAUAAAAAAAAAAAAUCCCUUAAAUAGUUCUUACACUUGCCCUUUUCACCUUAACUGAAUAUGAACUGAGUGCACUAACUUACUUACUUGAUAUACUGUGCAUCUACUCUGCUUUGAAGCAAAAGAAAUAUAAACACGAGGAGGAACAGGAAAGACAGUGUGACACUAACUUGCCAUUGCAAUUUAAAACCCUGAAAACGAUGGGUUUAAAGCAAGGUGAUUAAGCUGUGACCUCCUUUAAUCUCCUGAAGCAAAGUAAAAUGGUUACAUGCAAAACUUCUAGACAUAGACUCUUAAAAUACACACAUUUUGCUUUCAUUUUGGCUUCAACCCAGUGCUGGAACUAGGCAUCCAGACUAGUUUGAAUUUUUGUAGCUGAAUCUUGCAUGGGUGCUCAAAAUUAAAUCAAGAAUUUGCCUCAGUUUUUGCUUCUUUUGAAGUUUCAGUGACCCAAGCUGGGUGUGUGUGUCUUGGCUACUUGUUUAAUAGCACUGGAAUUCCAUAUGAAGCUUUGAGAGUUGAUAUUCAUUAAGAGGGAUUUUUUUCCCCCUCUUUACUUCUCUUUUGCUAUAACAAAGGGUUGAAGAAAUUGCCAUCUGUGUAGUUUUCAGUAGCUGUCAAGUGUGUAUUACUUACCUUCCCCCAGACGUAGUUUAAAAUGGUAAAUACAGCUGUGAUUUUUAGUUAAGUAAAAGAGUUAAUAUGAUAUAGAUAUGGAAAGCUUUAUAGCUUCAUUAAAAAGAUAAACCACUACCUAACUGUGGUUGUAUGUUGUUUCCAUCAUACUAACUAGAUCAGUGGAUGCGCCAGUUUUCAUCUUGGUCCUUACACUUGAGAAGUUAAACUGUGGUUCAAUAUUUAAACUGCCAGUGUUCUAUGUCUCAUGUUCUGUGUGGCAAGUGAAGGUACUGUGUAAGGAAGACAUUUGCGGUGCUUCUUGUCUUAUAAUGAUUCAAGUAUAUAGUAAUUCUUGAAAGAGUGUGCAUAUGUUACUCAUCUGCUUAAGAGAGUGGGUUAAUGGAUAUAUCACAGGAGCCAAAUACAUUUUUUUCAGAACUUGAAAACCAAAGGUCAUCAUGAGUGCACUCAAAAGUUAGCAAAAGUUGAUUACAUUUGGGAUUUUCAUCUGUAGCUGUAUGAAGAACCCUUUCCAAUAUAAAAGCAUGGCAUUAAAUUAGGCCGAAGUCUUUUAUUUUUUGUAUAUGUACCAUAUAGAAAUACUAGCAAGUUAGGAUCAUCCAAUUAGGCCUACCCCAAAAUGGCCCCUCUGUUUCCCUGACCACAUGGAAGAAAGAAUCUGAACGUCUCCACCAGCUUUACCCAAGUUCCAAAACUAAAGGGCUUCUGCAGACCUGAUGGUGCCAGUUUACCUGUUGUUGGCCAACUGGAUACUUGACUCAGGCAUAAAUUAAGUGCCCUGGUCCUGAAAUUUUCUCCUUGUAUUUGACCUCCUUCCCUGUUCCCUAAAUUACUAGUCUGGAAUUAAAAUGAGCUCCAGCAAUGACCUUUGACUCCAUUCAUUUUCUCCUCCCUCAUCUUGGGUCUUAAAAAAAGGAGACCAGAUACCUCUUAGUUUUUGUAUCGCAACCAGGAAUGGGUAAUAGGCCUCAUGCGCUUUGUUCUCAGAACACUCUGCCGCUUUGUUAACAAAUGACAGCAUGGAACCCAGAGUUUUGAUUCUAUGCAAAAUAACAGCAGUGCAACCAGGAUUCUUGCUUUCCUUUUCCUUCUUGGAGUUUGGAAUUUCUAGCUUUUCAAGCAGCAUAAGUAGAAUCAACAUUAGGAUGUUUUCAUGAAAUAGCAUCCUUAUACUCCUUUGAGCUUGAUUUAGUGGCUAGACUGAGUUCCCUUUGCUCUCAAAAUAGCAAAGUGCAUUGAAAUAUACAGAGAAAUGCCUGAAUAUGGCAAGCAAAUAAAGUAAUGUAGGUUAACGUUCUAUUAUUGUAUCCAUUUUACAAAAAAUGAAAUAAAAAUGUGAUUUAUGCUGGAGAACGGCAUUAGAAUGCAAUACGUUUUCUAGGUUUUCUCUGUUUCAGUGUCUCUCCCAAUCGCACGAAGGGUUAUUGGGCAUUGUCCCCACCCCCGCCUUUUUAAAUGUGCACUAUCUGGAUUCCUGUAAAUGGCCUUGCAAACAGAAGUGGUGUGUAUUUUCAAGCACCUUUCCCCCAAUUGUGUCCGAAUCCCAUUUGUGUGAUAUCUGUGACAAAUAGCCUUCUUACUGUGUUUUCUGUUGGACUAAUUAUCUCACAUAAAGCUAUAGACCUUACUAAUUUGGCAGGUAUUCACAACUGACAUUAGGAUUUCAUGUCAGAAAUUUAUUUAAAGAGUAAAGUUAAAUUUGUUUAGUGUCAGAUCAGUGACAGAGAAGUGAAAAGAAAGUAAUUGUGAAAGUGAUGUUUGAGCUAUUGUACACAUGUAGCAUAUGAAAAGGAAAUGCAUUAAAAAAAAUACUACUCUAAAACAUGAGGCUUCUUCAGCAACGUGUGCAUUCUGCUAUUAAGAGAUAGUUAAAUUUUUCUCCUCUAGAAAGCCUUAAUUAUGGCAGAAACUUUUUAACCUUUUAUAUUUUAAUAAAUAAAACAUUGUAGUCCCAUUUCUUAGUGUUUGAAAGGUGUGUCAGUGAGUCGGCCAUGUCUCCAUGUGUUUCAUACCUGUUCAUCUUGUUUUAUGAUGGUAUAUUUCAUAAGUAAUAUUCCCUUACAUGCAAUGGAGCUGAUUAAAAUUAAUCCAUUUCAAUUUCUCCAUAUCGGAAAUUCCUCAGCUACCAGAUUUCUGGUUUGGAGAAGUGCUGGAAAGAUUUCAAAGCCUAUUCAAUUGUGUAUGUGGGGAUACAACAACCGCGGUGAUACAUUGUAGAAUAUGAGUGAUAUGCAAGCUGUGUUUUUUAAUUGUUUUAAAAUGUAAACUGUGGUUAUACUAAAGUGAAAACCUAGAGGAAGCUAAAGAUUUUUAUAUACUUUGUACGGCCAAAUAUGGUCGUAGUAUGACCAGUUGUAUACAUUGCCAGAGAGUUCUGCCUCCUCUGAAAUAACAUUCGCACCGUAGAUUGCAUUUCUGCUUUUCCUUCUUUCACAUUCUUUUUUGCUUUACACGUCACAUCUUCGCACCUGCCCUACCACCCAUCCUUUCAGAGAGGUUUCUCUUACGUUCCAGAAUUCAGAUUGUUCUGUGAUUUCUUUUUUAUCAGUCUACCCAUUUCUGCAGGCAGCCCUGAAAGCCCUUGUGUUGAUUCAGAGGUUUGCAGAGAAAUGCAGUUGAACCCUGGUAGUGGGGUGUCCCUCACACACCCGUGCACCCCUCCCAAAGUUCAGGAUGAAAGGCUAGAAAGCGCAGUCAAAGUGAGGAAAGAACACAGAUCUUUGAGGCCAAUAGCCUAGACCUAGAAGAUGACCUUGACUGUGUAAACAUUGUCUCCAUGACACCAAACAUUUAAACUCUUCAUGUGCAUAUAACACCUGCUUCUGCUCCCAUGGUUUCAAGCUCAUCUUAUCUUUGUAGUAGUAAUAUUUGUCUUUGAUACCUACAAACUAAAAAGGUACUUUUAUCAAGGUUUCUCAAAACAUUUACAAAACCAGCUUUGAGGAAAUGCGGAGUGUUGCCCGGCAACAGCACUCGGAGUAGUAAUUGUAUUUUCUCAUUGUGAUGUUAGUCUGUGUAAGUAACCAGUGUAGUAACUCUUUGGUUCAUUAUUGGCGUUGUUUUUAUUUUUAGUCUCUGUAUGACCCACCAGUGGCAGGGGUUCCAACCCCCCUCCUCUCUUUUUUGCAUUUAUCUAUUUGUAGGAUUGUCAGAUGUACAAGAUGCCCAGUUAAGUUUGAAUUUCAGAGAAACAAUUUCGCUUAAGAAUGUUUCAUGCAAUAUUUGGCGUAUAUUUACGAUACAAGCAUUCGUUAUUUGAAACUCAAAUGUAACUGAGCGUGCUGGUUUUUUUCAUUGUUUGGUUUUCUAAAUCUGGCAUUCCAACAGAUUUGGUCAUGGAAAAUCACCUACAGCAUGUUAAACUCCUCUGGUCAUCAUCGUCUUGUCACCUGAAAUAGAAGUCCUUUUUCCCUCCCCCUCCACUUCUUUCCAAAGGAAGGCAUCAAGGAACGUAACCUGCCUGCCUGGCGGGUUUCUAUUUAAGACAUCUUUGUGAUUAUAUUUAACCUGCAAUUGUGCUUUGGCUUAAUGUCUAGCUCACUGUACUUGUAAUUGAUUAAUAUUCAAUAAAACCAUUUUUAAAAUA